CCUUGCGAAGAGGCCGGCACACAGGCGCAGUCGCGCGGCGGGGUACAGAUGCAUCUGAUGAAGAAGAAGCUGGGAACGGACAGCCGCACCGCGACCUCCGCGGCGGCCCCUGCGACCGCCAGCACGCCUACCCGCAAGCCGUCGACUCCGGGCGGAGGCGCGGCCGCAUCGGCAACCGCAGGCAGCAGCGACCGCAGCGGCAAGCAGGGCUCGUCUCCCAAGCCGGGCGCAGGGGCCGGCGUGCGGACGGCGCCGGAAAAGCCGCCGGUCAUCGAGCCGCUGCCGGCCUUCAAAGACGUCAGCGCGCCGGAGCGGCAGCAGCUCUUCAUCAAGAAACUGCAGCUGUGCGCGUGGCCGAUGGACUUUGCGGACCAGAGCGACGUGCGCGAGAAGGAGAUCAAGCGGCAGAGCCUGCUCGAGAUUAUGGACUAUAUCAACAACACGAAGAAUGUCUUCAACGAGCAGACGUUUCCCGAGAUCAUCCAGAUGAUUGCGCAGAACCUCUUCCGCGGCCUCGCGCCCGCGAGCCAGCCGGCGCACGCGCAGUACGACCCGGAGGAGGACGAGCCGGUGCUUGAGCCCGCCUGGCCGCACCUGCAGUACGUGUACGAGUUCCUGCUGCGCUUCGUCGUCUCCAACGAGACCGACCCAAAGGUGGUCAAGAAGUACGUCGACACGCAGUUCCUUGUCCGGCUGCUCGACCUCUUUGACUCCGAGGACCCGCGCGAGCGAGACUACCUCAAGACGAUCCUGCACCGCAUCUACGGCAAGUUCAUGCCCUACCGCGCCUUCAUCCGCAAGGCCAUCAACCACAUCUUCUACCGCUUCAUCUACGAAACGGAGCGGCACAACGGCAUCGCCGAGCUGCUCGAGAUUCUGGGCUCCAUCAUCAACGGCUUUGCGCUGCCGCUGAAGGAGGAGCACAAGUCGUUCCUGCUGCGCGCGCUGCUGCCGCUGCACAAGGUGCGCUUUGUCGGCAUGUACCACCAGCAACUCUCGUAUUGCGUGACGCAGUUUGUGGAGAAGGACCCGAAGCUUGCCAAGCCGGUGCUCGAGGCGAUCCUCAAGUUUUGGCCGUGCACGCACUCGCCCAAGGAGGUGCUCUUCCUCAGCGAGGUUGAGGAGAUCCUCGAGAUGAUUGCGGCGCCGGAGUUCGUCAACGUCAUGGCGCCGCUCUUUGCGCAGAUCGCGCGCUGCAUAGAGUCGCCGCACUUCCAGGUUGAGCGGCUCGCCGCGAGGCAGUCGCACUGGAAGGCGAUCGAGGCGGACGCCGAGGCAAACCCGCUGUACCCGCGGGUGAAGCACGCGCUCAAAGCGAAGGCGUCGCUCGCCUAUGCGAUGCGCGCGCAGCAGCUAAAGUCGGGCAUGACGAUGUUCGACGACGCCAGCAGCGAGCCGACUGCGUUUGGCGAGCUCGGCGGCUCGCGGCCAGGCGGCGUCGACGCGAUGCGGCGCAAAUCUGCGCUGCCGUCGCAGCCGGCGGCGAUCGCGACGUGAGCAGGGGGUGGCGGCAGCAACGGGACGCCGGACCGCACUGUUGACGGCCUCCCGCGCAUCUCGCGCCGCGUUGGGCCAGAGUGAGAUCGCGGGUUGCAGGGCCGUGUGCAUCAUUGCGGGGCGUGUCGGGGAGGGAAGGGCAAGAGGGGCGAGAGCCGCGGCCACCACUGGUGAGACGCGAUCGAGCGGCGGCGCGGCGCUGCUCGGGUGCGUCCCUGUGCGCACUGCGCGGUCUGGUGGGUGGGCCUGGGCGCAGCGAAACUCAGGCGCGCCCGUACGAUUAUUCUUUACUACCGCGGCUCGGUUGCGCGGCGCCGCGCACGCA